AUGUUGAGUCAAGCGCGAUGGCUGAUGCUGGCGAUAGCAGCUAUGCUGACGCUGCAGUCGAGGGGUGACGGUGGCAUCAGGCUCCCUGAUCAGCCACCAAAAGAACAAACUGAAGGAAGAUCUUUAAACUUCGGAGGAGAUCCUGGACGAUCGCCUCAAGCUCAAGGCCGUGGUCUUCUGGACUGGCUGGGUCUGGGUGAAGACCAGGACCCUUACAUUCAGCAGGCCACCCAGCAGUGCAUCAAUGGAGACCUGGCAGACUGUUUCAAGGCUCAAGCUUUGCGGUCUUUUGACGACUUCUUUGAUAAACAGGCUUACCAGUUAUCAGAAAACGCAGUCCUUGUGAAAGUAGACUCGCAAGCCCGUGCGUUGUCGCGGGAGCCCCCUCAACUGGAUUCGCAGCCACGCAGUGAAGACUCCGACUGGGAGGCUCUCGUCAAAUAUGGCAUGAGGAAAAUUGAAAGAUUCUUAAGGUCGACAGCUUUGGAGAUGCAGUUGGAUGAAGAAGUGACAUCUCGCGGUGUCAUCGCUCCACGCUUCAUAGAACAGAUAGCUGAUGAAGUGGACAUCAUUGAGGAUAAAAAAGCACCUUUCCGUCAACACAAGCUGAAGAAGCUGAUCAUCCCCAUGUUGCUGAUCCUCAAGCUGUUCAAGCUUAAGCUGCUUCUGUUCCUGCCCCUCAUCCUCGGUCUUGCCAGCUUCAAGAAGUUCCUCGGAUUCAUGGCUCUCAUCAUUCCUGGUGUGAUUGGCUACUUCAAGUUCUGCAAGCCCAACUCCUCGCCAUUCGCCUCCAACCACUACUCUGGACCUCACUACAGUCCCGCUGGCAUUGGCCUUGGACCUUACAGGGAAACCCCACCCCAGUCACAUUACGCUUCUCACUAUGAUAGCUAUCCUGGUGGUCACAAAUACGGGUCUGGUGGUGGAAUUUCCUUCAGGGAGCAUGAUGUCAGUCCCCAGGACCUGGCAUACCAGGGUUGGGAAUACAGGAACAAGCAAGGAGCUGAAGACAUCAAAGCUGAACCAGCUUAA